CAUAAACCCAAGCUCAUACACCAUCAACACUAACCUCUUUUCGUCUUCAUUCAUUUUGAAACCUUGCAGAGACACAACAUAUCUAUAUAUAUAUAUAUAGAGAGAGAGAGAGAUGGAGAGACAAGGAACAGAAGAUAUGAAGAAGAAGCAAUCAAAAUUCAAGAGGAUUUGUGUGUUUUGUGGUAGCAGCCCUGGUAACAAAGCUAGUUACAAGGAUGCUGCCAUUGAACUUGGAAGAGAAUUGGUGUCAAGAAAUAUUGAUCUGGUUUAUGGAGGAGGCAGCAUUGGUUUGAUGGGAUUGAUUUCUCAGGCUGUUUAUGAUGGUGGUCGCCAUGUAAUUGGAGUUAUUCCCAAGACACUUAUGCCAAGAGAGCUUACUGGAGAAACAGUGGGGGAAGUGAAGGCAGUUGCAGACAUGCAUCAAAGGAAAGCAGAGAUGGCUAAGCAUUCUGAUGCCUUUAUUGCAUUACCUGGUGGCUAUGGCACACUUGAGGAGCUUCUUGAGGUCAUAACCUGGGCUCAACUUGGCAUCCAUGAUAAACCGGUGGGGUUGCUGAAUGUUGAUGGAUACUACAAUUCAUUCUUAUCAUUCAUUGACAAAGCUGUGGAGGAAGGGUUCAUCAGCCCCAAAGCUCGCCAUAUAAUUGUGUCUGCCCCAACACCAAAAGACCUUGUCAAAAACAUGGAGGAAUAUUUCCCACAACAUGAAAGAGUUGCCUCUAAGCUAAGCUGGGAAAGUGGGAUCUGAAGAGGAUGGAAAAUU